AUGGGUCUCCCGCCCGUUUUCCUUCUCAUUUUCUGGGCUUCUUCCAUCGCCAAUUCCCUUCCGUUGGCACCUCCACCACCAGACGUAAGAAUGAGAUUUGACAUUUAUUAGGGAGACAAUUUCAGAGUUAUUAAAGUUUCAGUUCAAUGCGGACUUCUCAAAACGCGCCGCCAAAUCGGAUUUGAUGGCCGUGGUGGACGAGGAUGAGCUGCAAAGUUUACGGCACAACGGGUUCCAGGUGAGGAGGAUUAGAAUUAUAUGGGCGAAAAAGAAGAAGGCGUUCGGAACCAGCCUUCCGUGGGAAUGACGAUCUGCCAAUUUGUUCAACCAUCCGGGGUCAAUCAAAGUGUUUCUGCGACCACCAUUUACCAGAUGAGGGCGGCCACACUCGUCUUCCGAAGCAUGAAUAAUCGCGGAGAUGUUACUUGUCACGGCGGUCGGCAACUGGUUGCGUCAUAACCAAAAACAAGACAGAAAUCGAUCGAUAAAUAGUUUCUUCUGCAGGAACAGUUGCGACGCUUGCGAGAGAAGAACAUUGGCAGAGAUCCGAUGACAGUGACAGAGGAGAUGGCGAGAAUCGGCAAUUCCAUCGAAGACAUCUCCGAGUUCUCACUCGAUUCCGCAGAAAUCGACGAGGCGAUCAACGACAUUACGAUACCGAGUGAGAAGACUCUUGGAAACUACUGAACAUUUAAUUCUUACAGCAACUUCACAACUGAAAAAGAGCAGCAAAUUCAGUGAACUCUCGGAGAUUCACAACACUGACUCUUCAAACAAGUCUCUUCCGCCGUUCGCAUUCUCGGAAGAUGAAGAGGAGAUUCCGGAGAGCAUUGAGAAAGUGGAGGUUACUUUGACACUGUGCACAUCUUGUGGUAUCUUUUAAAAUCGAAUUUCAGAUAGUUCCUCCCUCCACACCAGUUGCCAUUACUCUGCCAACUACAACACAACCGACCACAACCACGACGAUUUGGACUUCUACCUCGACGACUCCGCCUCCAAAACAUAAUAUCAUGAGCAUUGAUAGCGACGUGGAAGUUCCAGGAAGAGAAAGUUCGCCGAGUCCUGUCGUCGAUAGCGCGGUGACUACUUUUGUUCCGACAGCAGCCGUCACGACCACAAUUCCAACAACUGCAACUGUGAUAUACAGGUACUUUUUUCUCUAAUAAUUAUCAUGCAACUUGUCUUCAGCCCUCCAACUACUACACAUUCAUAUUUCACAUCAAAAACUCAGUCACCGCACAUCUUCUCUUCCACCACAGUCCGUCUUCCAUCCCCGAUUUUCCUGGCUUCUUCUUCUGCUGCUUCUUCAGUUUUCCUGACAACUCCGAGACCGUUCAGAGGACCAUUCACUACUGAAUUCAAAAUUGAGCCAGUGAAGAAAAGAAGUGAAGGAGGAGCCGCCGAACUGAGAGAAAGAAUCCGAUCUACCAGUCAGCUACUGAACCUUCUCGGAGACAGAAUAGAAGGAAUCGAUCAGCAGAUGACGAUGAAUCAAGCAGUUCCGAAGACUGGAGUGCUGCCCAAUAUCUACGAUAGAGGAGAGGUGAAACGUAGGAAUUACCGGAACAAACAGUGGGGCAAAACGGGAAUAGGAAGGCAAGGAGUGCAGACUUACGACGGACAGUUCAGUGGAGUUGCCUACGGAGCCACGAAGCAGAGGGGCGGAGGGUACACGAUGAGAAAGAAGAUGGCGAAGAGGCCGUGGACAGGAAGAGGCUACAAAACGAGAAGGCUUGGAGAGAGAAGGCCCGACGGAAUGAGCCCGACGACGUUUCUGGAGAAGAAGACGACGGAAGUGUCGGUGGAACCGUACGGAAGCAAGAGAAGAGGAGAAUGGAUUCGAGGAGUCAAACAAUCGGAAAGAAGGAAUGCAGUGAGAAGAGUCAGCGAGAAGCAAAAGAGUCUCGCGGAGGCGUUGCUCGAGUCGGAAGAGUCUUCGAUGCGGCAGUUGAAGAAAACUUUAAGGCAGAUCAGAGACGUCGUCAGGUUUAAGACUUCUUCGACUACCGCUACGAUGCAGACGACAACCAGCACUGUCAAACCGGCAAUUGUAAGUCACUCAAGAUAAGCAGUGUUCUCAGUUUAUUGAUUUCAGAACAAUCGUCUCCACGAAUCAUUCUACAAGGGUACCUUCGAUUUGAAGCGAUAA